CAAAAUGGCCGAUAUUGCUAUCGUGUAGUCUGUUGUUGAUUGUGAUUGUCUUCUUGAUCUCUCAUUUGUUUUUAGCGUCCAAAUUUAUAACCUUUGACAUAAUCAUGACUUUAAAUUACUAUAAGUGUUUUAAUGUAAGCUUCAUUAGGUACCCAUAUUGGUGAAAUUCGUCUGAUAUUGAUGCAAACAAAUUUAAGCGUUUAGCCUGUUUGGUAUACAAAAUUGAUUUACUAUUAUUUUGUUACGAACUGUUUAGUGACACGGUAAUAUACGGUGUAGAUUCCAAUAAGUCACUUGAAGAAAUUCUUAACGGAGAAGUUAUUUUUUACUUAAGGUCUACGGAUGAACCCAGCCUACAUGAUACAAAAGCAACAUUUUAAUCACUUUUUACAGAUGUAACCGAAAAGUAAACUACGAGAGACUCGGCCAUGACGGAUACAAGGCGGCGUGUCAAGCUCUAUGCUCUCAAUGCUGACCGCCAGUGGGAUGACCGAGGAACGGGCCAUGUCUCAUCCAACUAUGUUGAUCGACUAAAAGGCAUCUCUCUUUUGGUCAGAGCUGAAGCAGAUGGAUCCCUUCUAUUGGAGUCCAAGAUCCAACCUGACACAGCUUAUCAAAAACAACAAGACACUCUCAUUGUUUGGUCAGAGGGUGAUAAUUUUGAUUUAGCCCUUAGUUUCCAAGAAAAGGCUGGUUGCGAUGAGAUCUGGGAAAAGAUUUGUCAGGUUCAAGGGAAGGACCCCUCAGUGGAGAUCACACAGGAUAUUGUGGAGGAGUCAGAAGAUGAGAGAUUUGAUGAUAUGUCGGAUUCAGCUCCUCCCAUUGAACUGCCGCCCUGUGAGAUCGGUCGACUGGAAGAGAUCAGUGAACUGAUAGCCAGUUGUUUAUCGUCUCCACUACGGAAAGAGAAACUUGCUGCUGCACUUGAAAAUGACUGCUAUAUUCGCAAACUGCUUGGCCUGUUUCAUAUGUGCGAAGAUCUUGACAAUGCUGAAGGACUUCAUUACCUUUAUGAAGUGUUCAAAAAUAUAUUUUUACUGAACAAAAAUGCAUUGUUUGAAGUCAUGUUUGGAGAUGACACAAUAUUUGAUGUUGUCGGAUGUUUGGAAUAUGAUCCAAGUCUACCAGCACCAAAACGUCAUCGACAGUACCUGAAAAAUUGUUCCAGGUUUAAGGAGGUGAUACCAAUGACCAAUCCUGAAUUGUUGGCCAAGAUACAUCAGACAUAUCGUGUUCAGUACAUUCAAGACGUCGUCCUGCCAACUCCUUCUGUCUUUGAAGACAACAUGCUUUCCACACUGUCCAGUUUUAUUUUCUUUAACAAAGUUGAAAUUGUAACUUUAAUUCAGGAAGACGAAAGGUUUUUAAAUGAUCUGUUUCACCAGCUAACAGAUGAAGCAACACCUGAUUCAAAAAGAAGAGACCUGGUAUUAUUUUUAAAGGAAUACUGCAACUUUUCACAAAACCUUCAGCCACAAGGAAAAGAAACAUUCUACAAGACACUUUCUUCACUGGGGAUUCUACCAUCAUUGGAGAUCACUCUGUCAUCAGAAGACACUCAGACAAAGACUGCUUCAAUUGACAUCCUCACGUACAUAGUUGAGUUCUCACCUUCAGUUGUGAGAGAAUACACUCUCCAGCAGACAUCAACGAACAACGAUGAAGAGUUGGUUUUGCUGAAUGUAAUUAUCGAACAAAUGAUUUGUGACACUGACCCUGAGCUGGGAAGAGCUGUACAACUGAUGGGGAUCCUCAGGAUACUCAUUGAUCCUGAAAACAUGCUAGCUACUAUCAACAAAACUGAGAAAACUGACUUCCUCAACUACUUCUAUAAACACAGUAUACAUCUGUUAAUAGCACCACUGCUAGCCAACACAGUGGACAACGUUCCAGCCAAGGAUGACUACCAGACAGUGCAACUGUUGGGCCUGAUUCUGGAACUGUUGUCCUUCUGCGUGGAACAUCACACAUACAACAUAAAAAACUGCAUCCUCAGUAAAGACCUGCUCCGGCGCAUUCUGGUUCUUAUGAAGUCCAACCACACGUUCCUUGUCCUUUGUGCUCUGAGGUUCAUGAGGAAGAUUAUAGCUUUGAAAGAUGAAUUCUACAACAGAUACAUUGUCAAAGGAAAGUUGUUUGAACCAGUAAUUGAUGCAUUCAUAAGAAACAACGGUCGAUACAACCUCCUUGAUUCAGCCAUUUUAGAAAUGUUUGAAUACAUCAAACUGGAGGACAUAAAAACACUUUGUUCACAUGUGGUAGAAAACUACACCAAAGUAUUGGACCAAGUAGAUUAUGUUCAAACAUUCAAAGCUCUAAAACUACGGUACCACCAACAUCAAGACAAGAAAGAAAGAGAGAAAGCAGCCGAACGAGGAUUGGAUAGUGUUCCGUCCAUCUUGCGCAACAACAGAUACAGAAGAGAUCAGCGACAGUUGGAGGAAGAGGAGGAGAUGUGGUUCAACGAGGAAGAUGACUUUGAUGAUGGUGAGGCGGUCGUACCUGCAAAUACUAGCAAUAUCAUCAACAAAAAGUUAAACUCCGAACUCGACUCGAUAGGGAAAUCUAUUGAUAAGAAGAGCGAGGGAAGCAGUGGUAAAAUUUUUGGCAAUGGUCCAAAAUCACCAAUUUUGAACAACAACCUUAACAGCAUAACAGGGUCUUCUCCACUGACUCCAUCUCAAGGCGAUGUUAAAUGUGCAGCUCUUUUCAAAAAGGCUCUGGUGGACUACGAAGGCGACUCAGAUGAAGAUGAAGAGGAAGGAGGAGAACUUCUCCCAACCCCGAAGCGUGCAAGAUUCUCCUAGAAUGGAUGUUUAUAAUUUUUUAAUCGGUUUUAAAUUUAUUUUAUUUAUAUGGUUCACAGUGAUGAAAGUGAAAAGCUAUAUAGUUUUUAUAGCUAGAAAGACAAUUAUUUAUAAAUUAAUAAUACUCAUAUGUGGACGAAUUUGUAAAUACUUAAAUAGGUUUACUUUAUGUAUGAACGUCCAGUGUCUGUGUAAAGAGAUCAUUGUGCGCUAUAUAGACCCAAUCUUGUUUAUAUCUGUAACAAAUUAAAUCCUUGUGACUGUUGGAUUUAA